AUGAUUGCAAGACCAUGGACCGAUGACUUGCCAAAAUGUCGGAAUACGUGUGUUGCAUCCUAUUUUUCACCAUUCGAUGGUAAUGCUAGUUCUAACGACGAUUAUCUUUGCUUUUACUGCCAAACUGAGGAUAAUUCUUGCUUAUAUGGAGUGUUCGAGCCUCACAAUGGGUUGGACGCAGCUCGUUUUAUUAUGCAGCGUAUGGCAGCUGAGCUGCUUUUCCCACCACCCAAUGCAGCCAGUACUGAUGAAGAAAUACGGGAAAAAUUAAGAAAUGCCUUUGUGUCAGUCGAAAAAGCAUAUAUAGAGAACUAUGACGGUAUGAUCGCUGAGAGGACAAGUUUACAAUAUAGAUUACAAAUACUUAAUGCACACACAACACAUAAUGCACAGAUGUCACAAAAUUACAACAAUAUUUUAAAACGUCUGAAGGAAAUUGACCAGCAUUUAUCAGGGGGAGCAACAGUUGUUGUGGCUUUGGUGCACCACAACAAACUUUUUGUGGCUAACGUUGGUGAAACUCGGGCAUUAUUGUGUAGAACAGAUGACAAUGGUGUGUUGAGAGUGAUUCAAUUAACGGUCGACCACAGUUUGAAUAAUGAAGAUGAGCUGUUACGACUGUCUCACCUUGGAUUGGAUGUUAAUAAGUUUAGAAAUGCCCAAUAUCUUGGAAAUCAGACGGGCACAAGAUGUCUCGGUAACUAUCUUGUUAAAGGCCUGUACCGAGCCUUCCCUGGCCUUGGCAAUGCAACCAGCGACCCUGUGAUAGCUCAACCAGAGAUACACGGACCAAUUAAACUUGAUGAAUCAUGCAGAUUCCUAGUCCUAGUCACCGCUGGUGUGUACAAAAGAUUACAGGAAAUGAAAGGCGGUAUAGAACAAACUAAUAAACAACUAUCACAGAUAAUCGUAGAAAACUUGCGUAAAGAUAUGGACUUCAAGAAAAUCAGUCAAUCAGUAUUAGAAGAAAUCGAAGAAGAAUUCCUAUCGUAUUGCAUCAAUAAUAAUUUAACACCGAAAUCCAAUACACAUGUAACAUUAUUGAUACGAAACUUCAAUUUUCUUCCCCCCAUCCCUCCAAAAGAAACGAAUACAGUUCAGAAACAGAACGCUGUCAGAUUCAAUCCGAUUGUUCAAUCGAAAUCGAAUACGCUCCUGAACGAAAUCGAUUCUGAACUGUAUUCGUCCGGUACUAAUGAUAUGGGAACGAAUGAUUCAAACAUCGAUACAAAUAGAUCGAUUGAAUCUUCCUCAGAUAUAUAUCCUAGUCGCCCGUAUGAGAAAGAUAAACGUAUUAAAGGCUACGUAGAUUUUUCGUGCUAUUAUGAAAAUGUUGCUAAAGCUAGGAAGAAUGGUACGCUGCCUAGUUUCAUUAAUUAA